AUGGCAUCUUUUACUUCUAAAGAACUCGCUUUCAUAUUCGGCAUUAUCGGUAAUAUAAUAUCUUUCCUGAAUUCCAACCGAACCAUAAUUCUUCGCGCGUCAUAUGAAUGUAGGCCAACGUUUUAUACAAUAUGGAAGAAGAAAUCGUCGAAAAGCUUCCAGUCUAUACCGUAUUCGGUUGCAUUUUUCAGUGCUUCGUUGUUGUUAUACUACGGUUUUCUUAAGACAAACGCUUACAUGAUCGUUAGCAUCAACGGAAUCGGAUGUGUCAUCGAGGCUAUUUACCUCGUAAUCUACCUAAUAUAUGCACCCAAUAAGGCCAAGGUACGUAAGUAUAUUUUUGCAAUAAUUUUAUUUAUUUUGCAGAUUUUCACGAUGAAAUUGAUUAUCGUAUUUAACGUCGGAGGUUUAGGGUUAAUCACCGGAGUUUCUUUAGUAGCAUUUAAAGGUGUGAAAAGGGUUUCUUUUGUAGGAUGGGUGUGUGCUAUUUUCACCAUAGCUGUUUUUGCAGCUCCUCUAAGCAUCAUGGUAAAAUUUCAUAAUUAAUCCCUAAUUAUUAACCUAAUAUUUCUAUUUAAUUUCUUUAAAUUCUUUUUUAUAUAAAUAUUUUCAGCACGCGUUUCUUCGUUUUACG